AUGGGUACAACUAAGAAAGAAUGGAAACAGAAAACAUCCUUAGGAAAGGGCAAAGGAAUGGUUAUUGAACCAGGGAAUAUGAAAAUCCAGGCUUCACCCAUUCUUAAGGCCUCUAUUAACAUUGAGACUUGUAAUAAGUUUGCUAGCCUUGUGGUUGAUCUUUCUGGGAUACAGGAGAACGUCAUGGAGAAAUCAGCUUCCCCGAUGAAAAGCCUCCUAAGUAGCAAAGUGAAGAACAUUGAUGGAAUUCCAAUUGGUACAACUAGAAUGAAGAAACAAAAACAAAAAUCUCCUAACCAAGGGAAAGUUGGGGUUUCUGAAGCCCAGGGAGAUAAGGAAAUUAAAGAUGAGGCAGUGGAUUAUUUCCAAAACUUGAUGGGUAGGAGAAGCUCUCAGGAUUCUUAUAGAACUAUCGCUAUACGGAACAUUUUGCAAAGCACCAUUACAAGGGAGCAAUCUCAGAUCAUUAGUAAUGAAGUUACUGGGGCUGAAAUUAAAGAAGUUUGA